GCAGAUGCUCAGAGACAAGGACGCGAGUCACAGCCGCUUCCUCGCCCAUCCCAUGCCGAAGCUCGUCUACAUUGCAGAUCAGCUUCAUGUGCUCCCGAUAUUCAAGGCACUGUCUGCUGAGUUCCGAGAACAAGUAACCAUUGGAGAGGUUCGUCGAUCUGAGUUCGCUGUCUUCCGCCAGUACGGACCGGACGCGCUUCCUUCUUUCCUGCAGGUGGUCGAGAACUCACAAGGCAGGAUGAUCGCGCUCCUAGCUUACGACUUCACUCGCAGCAAUGCCAUGUCCUUUGCCAGCAUCGGCUUCUUCGUCAACCUCGCGGCGAAAGAGUGGCGGCAGAUCAAGUGAAGGAUGGCAAGCAGCCUCCCUCAGCAUGCCAAU